AUGACGGGGGCUCCGCCGUACAAUCCUCAGUCCCCUUCCCAGCAGUCCCAUUAUCCCACCUACUCGCCGUCGAGCAAGAACCGUCCUUUCUAUCCCAACAAUGACCAAUACCAGCAGCACCCUCCACAGACCCCUCCCGCCUUUCCUGCUCAAUCCACCUUGUCCCGGAGUCCUCACUACUCCCAUGCCUCCUCUCCACUGCCGUCCGCUCUUCCGCCGUUGAACGGUAAUGCACCUUCGUCCCAUCCGGCGGAUGCGCAGUUCCAGCCUCAUUCAUCGGCGGGGACGCAGUUUUCUCUUCCCCGCCCAUAUUCAGGGCCGAUCCUCUCCGGAAAUGGCACAUCCCCCUUCAGUCUCUCAGGUUCUUCCCAUGCCCAUCCCUCGGGUCUCCCGGAAAACCAUCCGCAGCUGUCCCCUAAAAAGGAUGCAGCAUCUCCUUACCCCAUGGGGAGCCAUAGUUACCUGUCAUCCAUGACGCGGGAGCCAAGACUGACGUCUCCCCCAAAGGAAGCAAGACCGGCUCGUGCUGCAGAUCCGAUGUCUUUCGCUAGUAUUCUCUCGGGGCCCGCGGAGGAGACUUCUCCGAAGAGACCCUCCCCCCCUGAGGAAGCCGCACCGGCACCGUUGGCGUCCGAACCUACCAUCAAAUCCCGCUCGCCUGUACCAACACAUGCUUCGCUCCCCCAAACGAGAAUAAAAGAACUUGAAACGGACCCGGCGGCCAUCCUUUCUUCGAUGAAGGUGGACAAACGACCCGCCAGUGUAGAAAGACGUCGCCAGGUCGCGGAAUCGGAACCGGCGAAAUCAACCCAUACCAACGGCCUCCCAACUCGUGCUGCCAAUGCGCGAAAGAUGCUCUCGGAACGAGAUUCGGAGGCUGUUAAUAGGAUUAUGGCCGAGAUUGACACUGCCGAGAAAAGUGACGUGGAUGGGCCUGGGUUCGAGGGCGAUCUGGAACGUUACAACGCCCGGGGUAGAAAAAGAGCUUUGAAUGCGGAGAGGGCCGAAAAUAUCCGACGCAAGCGCCGUCGGAAUGACUUCCUGAUCAAGCUAGGCAAAACGUUUGAGAAACAGGCUUCUGCAGGCAUGGACCGAUUCAGGCUAGCCAACGAGGCAUCGGUCAUUGCCGAAGUUCAGGCGAAAGAGAUCCAGGAUGAAAAGGAGCGCAAGAAAGACAUGCAACGGAAGCGACGUCGCGAAAAUACAGUGCGCCUGGAGAUGCAGAAGAAACUGGAAGCGGAGCGCAAAGCAAACAAAGCCCAGGACUCCGCCGAGAAAGCCAAGUUCCUUCGCGAGGCCGAACGUGCGCAGCGAAAGAUCAAGACCACCAAGCGAGCUCUGGAAGGAGUCACGGCCCCCGAGGAGAUUGGUGAGGUGACUCCGCUGGCCCCGAAUCUCGAAGGCGGCACCACCAGCUCUUUCCAUAUUGGCCGCUCUCCCUCCCGACGCAAGUCCGGUCGCGGCGGCCCCGUCACCCGGCCCAAGAAGUCUAAGGAGCAAAAGCAGGCCGAGAAAGAUGCCGCAGAGGCCGCCUACGCUGCGAUGGAGAAUGACGAGCCCCCGCCAAUCGCACCGAAAGACGAUCCCCGGAAAGAAUCCCUCAAGAAGGAGGCCAAGGGAAGCCGUUCCAAGGAAGCAACGCCGACCCCGCUGUCCGCAUACGAGACCAAGGGCUACAAUCAGAUCUACGAGCAGAUUUGGCGGGACAUUGCCCGAAAAGACAUUCCCAAGGUCUACCGCAUCAAGGCGCUUUCUCUCGGCACGCGCCAGGAGAACCUGCGCAAGACGGCCCAACUAGCCAGCAAGCAGUCCCGCAAGUGGCAGGAACGCACAAAUAAGAGCAUGAAGGACACCCAAGCUCGGGCCAAACGCACGAUGCGUGAGAUGAUGUCGUUCUGGAAGCGCAACGAGCGGGAGGAGCGCGACAUGCGCCGUCUAGCGGAGAAGCAGGAGAUCGAAUCCGCCAAGAAGGCAGAAGCUGAGCGCGAAGCCAACCGCCAGCGGCGCAAGCUGAACUUCCUGAUCUCCCAAACGGAGCUGUACUCUCACUUCAUCGGCCGAAAAAUCAAGGGCGCCGAGGGCGACGACGCUGGCGACGCCAUGGCCGAAGCGGGCAAUGCCGCUGACAGCGUGGGCGCCAAAGCCACCAACUUCGAGGACCUGGACUUUGAUGCGGAAGAUGAUACGGCGCUGCGGCAGGCCGCCAUGGCCAACGCCCAGAAUGCCGUCCAGCAGGCCCAGGACCGAGCGCGGGCUUUCAACAACAGUGCGAAUCAGGACGAUCCUAUGGCGGCGUUGGAUGAGGGUGAAUUGAACUUCCAAAACCCCACUAGCUUGGGCGACAUCGAGAUCUCCCAACCCACCAUGCUCACGGCGAAGCUCAAGGAGUAUCAGCUGAAGGGCCUGAACUGGCUGGUCAACCUCUACGAACAGGGCAUCAACGGGAUCCUGGCCGACGAGAUGGGUCUCGGAAAGACCAUCCAGUCGAUCUCGGUUAUGGCCUACCUGGCCGAAGUCCACAAUAUCUGGGGUCCGUUCCUGGUUAUUGCGCCCGCAUCUACGCUCCACAACUGGCAGCAGGAGAUCACCAGGUUCGUCCCCGACAUCAAGGUCCUGCCGUACUGGGGCUCGGCCAAGGACCGCAAAAUUCUGCGCAAGUUCUGGGACCGGAAACACAUCACGUACACCAAGGAGUCGGAGUUCCACGUGCUGGUGACGUCGUAUCAGCUGGUGGUUCUCGAUGCUCAGUAUUUCCAGAAGGUCAAGUGGCAGUACAUGAUCCUGGACGAAGCCCAGGCCAUCAAGUCGUCGCAGAGCUCGCGGUGGAAGAACCUGCUGGGGUUUCAUUGUCGCAACCGCCUGUUGCUGACCGGCACCCCCAUUCAAAAUAACAUGCAGGAGCUGUGGGCUUUGCUCCACUUUAUCAUGCCGACCCUGUUUGACUCGCACGACGAGUUCAGCGAGUGGUUCUCCAAGGAUAUCGAGUCGCACGCGCAGAGUAACACGAAGCUUAACGAGGACCAGCUCAAGCGACUCCACAUGAUCCUGAAGCCGUUCAUGUUGCGUCGAGUCAAGAAACAUGUCCAGCAGGAACUUGGCGACAAGGUAGAGAAGGACGUCUUCUGCGACCUCACCUAUCGCCAACGGGCGUACUACACCAACCUGCGGAACCGCGUCAGCAUUAUGGACCUGAUCGAAAAGGCGGCCAUUGGCGACGAGGCCGACAGCACGACCCUUAUGAACCUGGUCAUGCAGUUCCGGAAGGUCUGCAACCACCCCGAUCUCUUCGAACGGGCCGAAACGAAGUCGCCCUUCUCCGUGGCGCAUUUCGCCGAAACGGCAUCGUUCGUCCGCGAGGGGCAAAGUGUCGACGUCGCCUACUCCACUCGCAGCCUAAUCGAGUACCCCCUACCACGCCUGCUCUGCGGGUCUGGGGGACGCCUCGACAUCCCUGGACCCGAGAAUUCCCGGGCGGGCUUCUGCGGCAAGUACCUGACCCACCUGAUGAACAUCUUCACGCCCGAGAAUAUCAAGCAGAGCAUCGACGCGGACGGCGCCUUUGCCUUCUUACGGUUUGUGGACACGUCGAUGGGCGAGGCCUACGAGCAGUCGCACCUCGGGAUUUUUGAGCGUGCCGUGCGCCGGCGGGGCGCGACGAACCGAUUGUCGCGACUCAAUGUGGUCUACGAGGGCGACGAGACCGCCGCGAUGUCGGCGCUGCCUCACACGCUGCUCAACAUUGUGCAGCGCAACGACCGCGGGGCCGUUCACGACGUCACCGUGGAAGGCUACAUGCGCGACUUAAUGACCGUGUCGCAGUCGACCUUCGAGCGAGAAGGGCUACAUACCAUCGAGCCCUGUGCGAGCCCGGCGGCAUCCGCCCCCCCCAUCACCGUCGCCGCGUCCAGUCCCUUCCCCGGAAUCGAGACGGGGAGUGGGUUGUUCAACAUUCCUACGCGGCAUGCCUUGCUCAGCAUCCCGUCACGGCAGAUGGAGCUGCAGAUCGUGGAACGGAACCUGGACCCUACCCCAUACGCACAGACACCGAUGCUCCCGACGCCGAUCUCCAGCAAGGGGCGGUACACACACAUUGAAGUGCCGUCGAUGCGGCGUUUUGUCACGGAUUCGGGCAAACUGGCCAAGCUGGACGAGCUGCUACGCGAGCUGAAGGCCGGCGGGCACCGGGUGCUGCUCUACUUCCAGAUGACACGGAUGAUCGAUUUGAUGGAAGAGUAUCUGACGUACCGCAACUACAAGUACUGCCGGCUGGACGGCAGCACGAAGCUGGAGGACCGUCGUGACACGGUGGCGGACUUCCAGCAGCGGCCGGAGAUCUUCGUAUUCCUGCUGUCGACGCGCGCGGGAGGGCUGGGGAUUAACCUGACCGCGGCGGACACGGUCAUCUUCUACGACUCGGACUGGAACCCAACGAUCGACUCGCAGGCGAUGGACCGAGCACAUCGACUGGGCCAGACGCGGCAGGUGACGGUGUACCGGCUGAUUACACGAGGGACAAUUGAGGAGCGGAUCCGGAAGCGAGCACUGCAGAAGGAAGAGGUGCAGCGGGUGGUGAUCUCAGGCGGAGCGGCAGGCGGGGUGGACUUCAACACGCGCAACCGGGAGAGCCGGACGAAGGACAUUGCGAUGUGGCUGGCGGACGACGAACAGGCGGAGCUGAUCGAGCAGAAGGAGAAGGAGGCGCUGGACCGCGGCGAGGUGUUUGGCAACAAAGGGGGGAAGAAGGCGGCGCAGAAGCGCAAGCGGGAUAUCACGCUGGACGACAUGUAUCACGAGGGCGAAGGCAAUUUCGACGACGCCAGUGCAAAGCCAUCUGGCGCAGCAACGCCCGUGUCGACGGCGGAAAACGUGGGCACACCGAUAUCCACGCCGGUGGCCAAGCGUGGGCGUGGGCGGGGAGGGAAAGGGACGUCGAAGAGAGCGAAGACUACGAAGGAGCGAUUACGGCUGAUUGAUGGGGAUGGGGGGUUAACCUGA